CCUACAUUCAACACUCUCAGAACUGGGCUGUCCCUCUCUAGUGUGGUGCUCUGUGUCAACGCUGCACCCCACCAUGGCCGUGACUGCCUGCCAGGGCUUGGGAUUUGUAGUUUCACUGAUUGGGACUGCCGGUGCCAUUGCCGCCACCUGCAUGGACCAGUGGAGUACCCAGGAUUUGUACAACAACCCAGUGACAGCUGUAUUCAACUACCAAGGGCUAUGGCGCUCCUGUGUCCGAGAGAGCUCCGGCUUCACUGAGUGCCGAGGUUACUUCACCCUGCUGGGGCUGCCAGCCAUGCUGCAGGCGGUGCGAGCCUUGAUGAUUGUGGGCAUCAUCCUGGGUGCCAUCAGCCUCCUGAUAUCCAUCUUUGCCCUGAAGUGCAUCCGCAUUGGCAGCAUGGAGGACUCUGCCAAAGCCAAAAUGACACUGACCUCUGGAAUCAUGUUUAUUAUCUCAGGUCUCUGUGUAAUUGCAGGAGUGUCUGUGUUUGCCAACAUGCUGGUUACUAACUUCUGGAUGUCUACAGCUAACUCAUACACUGGCCUCGGGGGGAUGGUGCAGACUGUUCAAACCAGGUACACCUUUGGUUCAGCUCUGUUCGUGGGCUGGGUCGCUGGAGGCCUCACACUCAUUGGGGGCGUGGUGAUGUGUAUCGCCUGCAGGGGCCUGGUGCCUGAAGAAAGCAACUACAAAGCCGUGUCUUAUCAUGCCUCAGGCCAUAACGUCGCCUACAGGACCGGAGGCUUCAAGGCUAGCACUGGCUUUGGGUCCAACACCAAAAACAAGAAGAUAUACGAUGGGGGCGCCCACACAGAGGACGAGGGACAAUCUCAUCCUUCCAAGUAUGACUACGUGUAGCACUCCAAGACACCUCGGCAUGGGCAGAAGAAAACCCCAAUUAGAGCUCACCCCCAAACGAAGAACGUUUUACCUUGAUCCCUGAUUGCUUUUGACUCUCCAAUGAAGUUAGAAAAGCCUACAUUUCACCUACGGUGAGGCCAGAUGGUUUUAGCCAAAUGUCUGUGUCUCUAAAUGUUCCAUCACAAAACAGCUGAGCUAUCAGAUAUGAUGUAGACUAAGGCUGUAGCUCACAUUAUGUGAUCCUAUGUUUCUUUUUUUUUAAUAUAACCUUCCUAAUCUGAUGAUAGAAUGUGGUUUGAAUUCCUAUUAGACACUCGAAUGAUUUAGAUAGACUCUCCCUCCUCAUCCUAACCAAUAUCUCAUUGAUUCUGUAUUUCUCAACUCAUCCCCCAGAACAAAUCUGAAAGGGAAAAAAGAAAGUCUGUCAAAAAACAUCAUUUCCUGCCAUUUGAUUUUUGCCUCCCCUUGGCCCAACUUGGCUACUAAUAAACACUGAUUGAAGAGGUGAUGGGGGAAAUUAUUUGUAAUGUCUCUAGCUUAUUAUCCAAGUUUUCUUAGGCUGUGAUCUUAAAUGUUACCUGGACCAAAGUGAUUUCGGGGUGAAGAAACCAAGACUUUUCAUAAUUUUGCAGGGGGUUGGGAGCAUCUGUUAAUUCCAGCAGGACUCUCCCAAGGGUUUCCUGACCUCCCCACUAUGUCCCCGUUCUGUCACAGGCCAAAAGGUAUCCUUAGAAGAAUGAGAAGAGGAUUUUUGGUACUCUAAAUAUAUUUUGUAUUCUACAUAGAGCUAGAAUAAAUAAUGUCUUAGUAAAAUGAUACACUGUCUCUGUGAAUUCGCCUCAUUCCUACACAUAGAAAGAAGAAAAUGAAAAACUAAUUGCUUUGAUGUUGUCUAUAUUUUCCAGUGUAAAAAGUCAUACUUAAGUUCAAAUUUCAUAAAAUGCUCAUUGGUCCUAAUUCCCUUUGAAGUCUCCAGGACUUGGAUUAUAAUGAUAGAGCCAAUGUAACCCAUGUAAAAACCAAACGGUGGAACACAACGGGUCCUUGGAAGUGAGGUGAAACUAGUUAUUUUUCUGAAAAGUGAUGAGCCUGAACUCAUUGUUAGGUAUCCAAGUGCUACAUGUCCACACUCUCGAGGCCACGGGCCACUGCCAGAUGACAGCAGAUGUGCUUGGCACUGUGGUGACAUUUGUCACUCUGAGAGCAGUUCUUGUCACUGAAUUCACCUGGUGUGGUGAGACCACUGAGUGUUUAAGAACAGGAAGCUCUCUGCAGCCACGCACCUUCCCGGCGUUUACAUCACUGCUGCAGAAAGCCUGACUCCUCCCAGGCCACCAGAAUCCCAUCCCAGCACCAGAGCCAGAACAGGCCCCCCAGAAAACUGAGGUAUUUGGAGGGUGGGAGGAGGGAUCUGACCACUGAAUUAUUGUUUGGCAGACGGAAAUGUCCUCGCGCCAAUAGAUCACGUACAAGCGACCCCCAAGGAGAUGGGUGAAUAUUCAUAGGAAUCUUAAGGCUGCACAGACUACAUCUGAGGAAAGGCCAGCUCGUGGCCCAUUGAACAGAAAGGAAUUGUGUCGAUCGAGAGAGAAAACAGUAAACUCAGAGACCCUUCUCACUGAGACAGCAAUGGUUUUAGGCCCCAUCAAACAGAGUACACACGGAACUCACUGUCAAAGAUAGGGUAAUGAAGAACACUAAAACAAUUCAAGAAGAAAUGUUGGGGUGAAGAAGCUGAACAAUCUAGGGCUUGGAGACUGUAAAGUGUCCUCAGCAAUUGAGCUGAAGGCCUGGAGGCACAGUGAUCUUUCCCUCCCACCACCAGAAAGUCCCUGGUCGGGCCUGAGGCACUGAGAUGUGGCUCAGUUGGGUUUUUAAUGAGCACAUUCUCCAGCCAACACUUAAUUGUUUAAAAGUCUCCAUGUAGUUAGAUUGUGCUUUGUAAUUAUUUUUUGUUCGUGUCUCUUAUUGUAUAUGCAUUGAAUAUUGGCCUGCAUGGAUUUGUUACUUAAAUAUUAAAAAUGCUUAUGUCACAUUUGAA